AUGUAUGCCGAAAUCUCCCGAGACAGAAAGAGCCCUGGCCUUUUUGGCGAGAUCCGAUUCCAUCCCCAUAAACGUCUCAAGCGGUUUCUGUCGCCAGCCUUCACUGUGGGCUAUGUGGACAAUCUGGAGCUCGUCUUCCAGGGCAUGACUAAUCCUAUGGACGAUCUCCACAGGGCUGCUCUUGACAUAAUGGGGGAAAGCGCCUUCAGCAGAGGAUUUGGGCAGGUGAACCCAAAGAGCUCGUCAGGUGACGCAUACAUGGAUGAGAUCUGGAAAUCUAUUCCAAGAGCCAUCUUCGAUGGCCUCGCAGACAGUUUUCAGUAUGUUUACGCCAAGAGAUUCCUGCGAAGUAUGGGCCUGAAUGUCAAUUUCGACUGGCCCAAGCAGAUGACAACGGUAUGA